AUGCCAAAUCUUGUUGAUAACAAUUGUCCGAGCAUCAAGUCUUUGAACAUGACUGCAGAUGGGACAUCUUACUUCACUAAAGGGGCGAUUGGAGUUGAUGCGGAACUGGAGAAGCUUCGCAAUGAUUUAGUCAAAAUCCAGCCUCUGGUUGAAGAUGCUGAGGAGAGGCAGCUCAUGGAGAAGAAUGUCAAGUUGUGGCUGACGCAGCUCCGAGAUGUUGCCUAUGAUGCUAAGGACAUUCUCGACCAAGCCAACACACAUGUCCUAUUCAUCCAACAUAAGUCCGAGUUUUACGGUCCCCUGAAAAGCAAGGUGCGUGACUUUUUCUCUCUUCAUCAUAACCCACUCCUUUUUCAACUUCAGUUGGGGCACAAUCUUAGAAGCAUCAAUAGAAGAAUAGAUGGUAUCAUAAAAGAGAUGGACAAGUUCAAUUUCAAGGUUGUAGACAACAACAAUAAGAACGACAAGCCUUGGAGGAAUAGGCCACAAACCCAUUCAUAUGUACCUGCAUCAGAGGUGACUGACAGAGAUGAAGAUAAAGAGAGAAUGGUGGAGAUUCUAAUCCAUGAUCAUUUUGAGGAGAAAGUAACAGUGGUUUCCAUAGUUGGUAUAGGCGGUUUAGGCAAUACAACAUUUGCUCAGUUGGUCUACGGAGAUAAAAAUGUGGAGAGUUGCUUCCAACUACGCAUAUGGGCAUGUGUCUCUGAUGAUUUUAAUGUGGCAAAGCUUGCUAGAAACAUCAUACACACAGCCUCUAGGAAAAUUUGUGAUCAUACAAACAUGGAGGUUCUACAGAGGGAUCUACGGCAACUGCUGGGGUAG